AUGUGUGGCCACCAUCUAAUCCUCCAACGAAAAGCUGCUUCUGUGCUCAUGCUCAUCCGAUAAUAUUAUGCGAUUACCACUUCUUUUGACCUGCUUUUUGCCGCUUCUUUGUUUUUCUCAACAACUUCAGUGUUAUCAUUGUAUCAAUCGGUUGACGACAGCUGAUAUUACAAAAGAUGAACGAAAUGCGUUGAAGACAGCUCUUUUUGCAAGGUUCAACAUUCCCCCAUCUAGUGAAUAUUGUGCCGAUGGGGGUAAUGAUGUUCUGUUCCGAACAGUUCAGAAAGAAGUUUGCCCCGUAAUAAAUGACACGUGUAUUCGAAUCGUAUCCGAAGGCGAUGAAAACAAGAAGCUCGUGCUCCGUGGAUGUCAAUCAACACUUGUAAAAUCUGGUUUCGACCUAGUCACCAAUUAUUCUUGUCGUCAUAAUUCGGAUACUACCACCUCUUCCGAAUGCGUAACCACCUGCCAACAACCACUUUGUAACAUUUCUCACGGAUUGGAGCUAAUCCCAUUGCUAAUUAUCCUAAGCUUCCUGGUUUUCUAGGUCUUUCAAUUGAAUACCGCAUUUUCGUACUAGAGUUUAUGUAUAAAUAUUUAUGAACAAUGUAUUUAUUCCUAGUAUUAAAAAAAUUAGAGAACUUGGAAAAGAAAGCAA